GGCCGAGGCGGUGCGGGUGUUCCGGGCUGAGGGCCGUGGUGAAGUUCGGCGUGAGGAGCGCGGCCGCGCCGGGCGGAGUGGGCGGGGCCGGGCUUCGGGAGUGCGGUGCCGGCUGAGGCGAGCUGGGAGGCGGCGGCGCGUCCGCCGAGGGGCCGCCGGCGCUGUGUAAUGUUCAAGCUCAGAAAUGCCUUAUGUGGAUCGUCAGAAUCGCAUUUGUGGUUUUCUAGACAUUGAAGAAAAUGAAAAUAGUGGGAAAUUUCUUCGAAGGUACUUCAUACUGGAUACCAGAGAAGAUAGUUUUGUAUGGUACAUGGAUAAUCCACAGAACCUGCCUUCUGGAUCAUCACGUGUUGGAGCCAUUAAACUUACCUACAUAUCAAAGGUUAGCGAUGCAACUAAGCUAAGGCCAAAAGCUGAGUUCUGUUUUGUUAUGAAUGCAGGGAUGAGGAAAUAUUUCCUACAAGCUAAUGAUCAGCAGGACCUAGUAGAAUGGGUAAAUGUGUUGAACAAAGCUAUAAAAAUUACAGUACCAAAGCAGUCAGACUCACAGCCUCAUUCUGAUAACCUGAGUCGCCAAGGUGAAUGUGGGAAGAAGCAGGUGUCUUACAGAACUGACAUUGUUGGUGGUGUACCCAUCAUCACCCCAACUCAGAAAGAAGAAGUAAAUGAAUGUGGUGAAAGUAUUGACAGAAAUAAUUUGAAGCGGUCACAAAGCCAUCUUCCUUACUUUACUCCGAAACCACCUUCAGAUAGUGCAGUUAUCAAAGCUGGAUAUUGUGUAAAACAAGGAGCAGUGAUGAAAAACUGGAAGAGAAGAUAUUUUCAAUUGGAUGAAAACACAAUAGGCUACUUCAAAUCUGAACUGGAAAAGGAGCCUCUUCGUGUAAUACCACUUAAAGAGGUUCAUAAAGUCCAGGAAUGUAAGCAGAGUGACAUAAUGAUGAGAGACAACCUCUUUGAAAUUGUAACAUCAUCUCGAACUUUCUAUGUGCAGGCUGAUAGCCCUGAAGAGAUGCACAGUUGGAUUAAAGCAGUGUCUGGUGCCAUCGUAGCCCAGCGGGGACCCGGCCGAUCAGCAUCCUCUGUGAGCUCUAAUCCUAGCUUUGCACUGUGUUCCAGAUGCGGCAGGCCAGAAGGCUGUCGAAUCCUUGUAUACAGAGGUAUACCUCAAGAACUGGAGCACCCCCACUGUCCAGAACCCAAAUGCGCCUUCCGCCCCGCCAGUGCCGCUGCCGCCGUCUCACACCCCACAGCCUCUCGCAGCCACUCUCUGGUCUCCAGCUUUCCCGUGGAGAAGCGAGGAUUUUACGACUCUCUUACCAAGGUCAAGCCAGGGAACUUCAAGGUCCAGACUGUCUCUGCAAGAGAACCAGCUUCCAAAGUGACUGAACACGCUCUGCUAAAACCUCAAAGUAAAAAUGGCCCUCAGGACAAUGAGUGUGACCCAGUGGACUUGGAUGACGCAAGCCUUCCAGUCAGUGAUGUGUAAGAUGGAAGCACCUGGAGCCCGACCCGCCUCAUCAGCGCCUCAGUUUCCUUUCAUGAGGCUUCUAGCCAAAGAUGAUAAAGGGUGAAAUGGUUUUUAAUGCAUAUGCUAUACUGCCUCUUAGGUAUAUUCUUUACAAGCUGGUAAACCAAGAAUCUAGGGAGUGGCCAAACUAAAUGUAAUCUCUUUUUAAAAGUAAGAAAGGAAAAACCUAAAUGUCUCAGUAUCAAUUGUCUGAAGUUUUGUGUGUUCUCAUUUGGGUGAUGAAAAUGUGUGUGUGAUAUUUUUUCCUAGUGAAUCUGACAAUUUAAAUGUUUAACAACUUAAAACAUUAAAAAUGCUUAUUAAUUAAUUUGGUCGUUUUUAAAAUGCUACUAUGACUUACUAUUAGAUGGUCGGUAUUUACAUAUUCUUACUGGUUAAUAUUAUUGAAUGAAAUAUUACCAGACUAGGAUAUCUAAACUGAUGAUGUCUGUGGUGCUGUAGAAUUGAUACUACAAUGUGGGUGGACUGUUUGGACGUGACAGCCAUUUUGGAUGCGCUGGAUCUCAAGGUGACUGGUAAGUUUCGCAUGGAGGAUAUUAUUGAACUGUUAGCGAGGGAUGUGGGUGUACCGGGAUGAAGAAAAGGGGAAAUUUGAUGUUAAACAACUGUAUCUUGGACAUUUGUUUGAUAAAGCUUCAGUAAGACUUGCAGCAGUCAUUGCUUCAUUUAGUGAAAAUUAUUUGGUAUGAAAUUUCUGGGAGAUCUGAUUUUCUUACCAAAGUUUUGUACCAAGUUCUUCUUUCUAUAUUUGGAUCAGUGGAAGACCUCAAGUUUAUAUAUAAAGACAUACUGCCCUUAGUCAUGCUGUUGUGGCCUCUAGUUUUUUUCACUAACAACCUAUAUUCAUUCAAGUGCCUGUGUUUUUCAUCUUGUUAAUGUGCUCAAAAGUCCUAUAUGAUUGGCUUUAAACAUUGGGAUAAAAGUAAUUUUCAGUAGCAUAGUUUAAUGUGUUAAAUAAGAUAACACUUUAUGUUAGAGAUUACCAGAAUGCUGGUAUUCUACUACCUGUGCAAUAUAUAUGUUUUAAAAAACAAAUUUGAGUAUACAUUUAGUCACAGGGAUAUCAUAAAAUAUAAGCACCUCUAAAAAAUCCUGAGUUUGAAGUGUUGAAUAAUAGACCCGUUUGAGCAAAUACCAUUUUUGUGGUUCAGUCUUAAACAUUCGCUUUAAGAAAAUAGUCUUGAAUUUCACAUGCUGCUAUAUUUUUGAUAUUUUACCAUUUUACAGUACUGUUUAGUUUUGAAUUCACACAUGUCAUGUUUCUCCUUUUCGUUCUAAGAUGACUCUUUGAGAGAGAUUUCCUACUGCAGUGGUGGAGUUCAGAGGUUACUAUCUAUUAUUAUAUUAGAAUUACCAUAGCAUCUGUUGAAAAACCCAAAUGCGUAAAGAAUGCACCACUCAACUUUUUUAUUCAUAAGCUAAUAUUUUUAAAACUUAGCUCUUUUUUUUUCUAUUUUGCAGCUACAUUUGAAAAUGAUAGAAUGAAAAGGCUUUGAGUAGUUAUCACUCUUCAUCCAUCAUAAUGGCUCUUUUGAAAAUUCCUUUUUCAUGAACACACUUAAGAGAUCUUGUGUAGACACUUUGAGAUAUUCAGGAGCCUAAUGCUAUUUUCUUUGGUACAAUUUCCACAUCGCAUGUUUAUUUUAGCAUAUUUUGGUAAGUGGUAAUUUGAUAUAUUUCAUAGUGGCCAAAUACUAGCUCUAUUUUGGGACUUUUUAUGGAACUACCCUUAUAUACAAUAGCAUAGGAAAAUGUUCUUGUGAUUGUUGGGGUCUCCUAAUAUUUAUCUCAAUACUUUUAUAAUUCUAUGAAAAUUAUUUAAUUAUUUUAAAACUUAUACUUUUCUUGUAAAUAUGUCACAUCUGAAUUGUCAAAAAAUUACUUUGAAUACCUUAAUAUUUGCUGCAUUUUUUUUCCUGUACAUAUAACAUGUCUUUCAGAAUGGGAAUAUAUGUGUGUUUCCCAAUGUUUACUUUUACGUCUGUUAUCUUUAUAUGUCAAACUGGUUGAACACUGUAAUGACUUGAGAAUAAACUG